GUGAAGAACAACCAGAAGAAAGAACGACGUCGUUGAACAUUGACUCGCGUCCCUGCCGCCUCAGAGCCCAAAGCAAACGGAAACUUGACCCUUUUUUCCUUAAUUGGCGGUGAACUGAAAAAUGGACCAGACUUUUGGUUGGUCGAAAGAAAAGAAGAGGUUGUAUGGUUAUUUCCUUUUGAAGAAUUAAUAUUCAAUUAAUGGCGUGUUUGCUGGUUCAGACUGAAAGUGAAUAUCUAUAUAUAUAAUACUCCAUAUACAUCAGUCCAUCUCCAUCUGUGGUAAAUAUAGCAUGAUCACCAAUACCCCCUGUUUUGUGGUGUCUGUAACUUCUGAAUUAUUUUAACUGAAACUGAAGCUAAUUUCUCCAUCGUAAGUCAAAAACAGCAGCCAUCACACCACCCGCAAGCUACCUUCCUCCCUGCCAACAUUUUUGUCAAACUCUUCACCCCCCACAAAAUGCAGCCAUACCCAACGUAUAUAAUUCCAGGUCCAACAUCGCACAUAUGGUUCUGAUCUAUCUCUCUAUCUCGCUCUCAUUUUGUUUCUCUCUAGCGCCACAAAACUCCCUCCAGUAAGUCGCACCGUACCACUGCCAUCCCACUAUGUACGUUGCAAGCUCUCCCCAACUCGCCUCCAUUGAACCCCUGCAGUAUCAUUAACUAGGUGAACAUCAGACAGGAACCCAUGACAGAAACCAUUGUGACCCUUGUCAUCAACAAGCUGGUUCAGUUAACCGUUCAAGAAUCAAAAUUGCUACGGGGUGUCCACCAACAAGUUGUGGACAUUCGAGAUGAACUGGAGAGCAUCCAAUGUUUUCUCAAAGAUACAGAUAAAGGAGGAGACCUCCAAGAUGAUUUCAAAAUAUGGGUGAAACAAGUGAGAGAAGUAGCAUAUCAUAUAGAAGAUGUAAUAGAUGAAUACGUCCUUCACGUUGCACAACGUCUGCAUCAGCAAAGUUUUAUUGCUUCUCUCCAUAAAAUUGGCCGUUUAUUGAAAAAAAUAAAACAACAUCAUGACAUAGCUACCAAGAUUCAAGAUAUCAAAAUAUCAGUCCGUGAAAUCAAGGAACGAAGUGAAAGAUAUGGUUUUAGUUCCUCAGAUCAAGGAUCAAGUAGCAGAGCAACAAAAGUUACAUGGCAUGACCCUCGAGUGGGUUCACUUUUCAUUGAGGACGAUGAAGUUGUGGGUAUUGAGUCUACGAGGGAUGAACUCGUAAGCUGGUUGGUGGGGGGAGUAUCUAAACGCUCAGUGAUUUCAGUGGUAGGCAUGGGCGGAAUUGGUAAGACAACUCUUACUAAGAAAGUAUAUGAGAAUGAAUCAGUGAAGGGACAUUUUGAUUGCCGUGUUUGGAUCACUGUGUCUCAGUCAUACAAUGUGUCGAAGAUACUCACGUCCAUGACAAAGCAAAUUUACCAGGCAAAAGAAACUACUCCGGGGCAAAUAGACAAGAUAGACGAGAUCACACUAAUUAGCCAACUAAGGAAAUGUUUACAGCAAAAGAGGUAUGUUGUGGUUUUUGAUGAUGUCUGGAAGACAGAGUUUUGGGAAAUUGUGAAACAUGCUUUACCAUGCAAUGACAGAGGCAGUAGGAUUAUCAUCACAACACGCAGUGAACUCAUUGGUGUUUCUUGUAAAGAAUCUUUAUAUGAUCAAGUGCACAAGCUACAACCUCUAUCUCAAGACAAGGCUUGGGAAUUGUUUUGCAGAAAGGCAUUCCAGACCGAGUUCCCAAGGUGUUGUCCAAGACAGUUGGUGAGAAUGUCGAUGGACAUUGUGAAAAAAUGUGAAGGCCUACCCCUUGCAAUUGUUUCCAUAGGUGGUCUUCUGUCAACAAAGGAGAAGGUGUCGUUAGAAUGGCAAAAAUUGCUCGAUAGCCUCAGUUCUGAGAUAGAAUGUAAUCCCCGGCUUACCAAUAUCACUAACAUUCUCUCUCUCAGUUAUCAUGAUCUUCCGUGCUACCUAAAGUCAUGCUACUUGUACUUUAGCAUUUUUCCGGAGGACUACUCAAUCAGUGGUUCAAGAUUACUUUGGCUAUGGGUAGCUGAGGGCUUUAUAAAAGGAAAGAAAGGAAAAACAUUGGAAGACGUGGCAGAAGAAUACUUAAUGGAGCUCAUCAACAGAAACUUGGUUCAAGUUUCAUUUGGGGAACUUGAUUACGGGAUAGAGAAAAAAUACAGAAUCCAUGAUCUGCUGCAUGAAAUCAUUCUAUCAAAGGCUAGAGAGUUGAAUUUAUGUCAGGUUCUGGAAGCUGGUGACACAACUUCCAUUGGAAAAAGUAGGUGCCUAUCAAUCCACAAUGUUAGAGAAAAUGUUUUCAAGACAAGUGAGUACUCUCGGGUUCGUUCCAUUUUUCUCUUCAACAUUAGUGAAAUACCCAGGUCUUCCAUUGUUAAAUUGUUCAACAAGUUCAAGCUUUUGAAAGUGUUGGAUUUUGAAGAUGCUUCUAUAGAUUAUCUUCCUCAAGAAGUGGGCAAUUUAUUCCACCUAAAGAGCUUAAGUUUGAGGGGAACAAAGGUGAAGAUACUUCCAAAGUCAAUGGGUAGACUACAAAACCUACAGACACUAAAUAUUUUGGAAACCGCUGUGCGUGAAUUACCAAUUGAGAUAUUAAGGCUUUAUAAGCUGAGACAUAUUUUGGCUCAUUCUCAUGACUACGAAAUUGAAAGUAGCUUUCAUUCACUGCAAGGAGUAAAAAUACAUGAAGGGGUUGGAUGUUUAAACAAUUUGCAAACACUAGUAAUUAUUGAGGCAAAUCAUCAUGGGGGUGGUCUAUUUGAAGAGCUUGAAAAGUUGAGUCAAUUGAGGAUUUUGGGCAUUUCAAGGAUGACUGCAGAACGUGGGAGGGCUCUAUGUACCUCCAUACAAAAUCUAGUCCACCUUAAAACUUUGAUUGUAUCCUCAAUUAGUGAAGAUGAGAUUAUAGACUUACAAUCAAUUUCAUCACCACCUCCAUUUCUAGAGUGUAUCUAUCUAAGGGGGCGAUUGAAGAAGUUGCCCAAUUGGAUUCUAGAGCUUCAAAAUUUGGUCACACUAAUCUUAUUUUUCUCAUCAUUGAAGGAAGAUCCAUUGUCGUGUGUCCAGACUUUGCCAAAUCUAGUUACCCUUUCUCUCAAUCAUGCUUAUGAUGGGGAGCAGCUUCAUUUUGAGGAAGGUGGUUUUCGAAAACUCAAGAGGCUCACCCUCAGAGAGUUGAAAGAAUUGAAGAUGGUGAAAAUAGAUAAAGGAUCACUACCCGGUCUUGAGCAACUAGAUAUUGGGCCAUGCCCGCAGAUGAAAGAGCUACCCUUUGGAAUCCAGCACCUGGAAAGGCUAAAGAUUAUCCACUUCUAUGAAAUGCAGGGAGAGUUUGUGCUACGUAUGCAGCCAAAUGGAGGCGAAGAUUAUUGGAAAGUGAAAAAGGUAAGUACUAUCUGUCUCAAGUAUAGGAUUAAAGGAGAACGAUAUCAAAUAUACAAGGUCAGUGACUCACACUUAUUGGAGCGUCUGCAAGGAAUUCCAAACUAGCAGUUAUAAUUUGGGUUGGGCACGCGUGGCCCCACGCGCCACCUCCUCUGCAUUUUUGUUUUCAUUUCCUAUUUGUCUGUUAUUUCCUCUGUAUUUUGGGUUUGCUUGUAUUUUGGGUUUAGGGUUUUGGGGCUAGUUGGGUUGGGGUGUUUUUGGGGUAGAUUUGGGUGUUUCAUGGCGUCUUUAUAUUUAUAUAUUUUGGGGUGGUUUUUUUCCUGUAUUUUGGGUGUUUGAUGGGGGCAUUUUCUUUUUUUGAGUUUUACGAGGGCUUCUUCUGUAUUUUAGGUUUUAUGUGGGUAUCUUUUGUAUUUUGAGUGUUGUGGGUGCGUAGGUUGUUUUAGGUUUUCUUGGCUUCUCUUCUGUGGGCUAGCUAGGUUGUUCCUAUGUAUACUUCAUGUGUACUUAGGAGCAUCUUACGCAUUUUUUAAUAAAGUUUUCUUACUUAUCAAAAAAUAAUAAAAAAAAAAAUUAGGCUUGGGCCACCACAUAUGAUAUUUAAUAAUUAAAAGCUUAAUUCUUCCAAGAAUUUUGCUCUCAUAUGUAACGAUUUUGAGUGUUUUGAAACUAAGGCGUUAUAAUACAUAAGUUAUGAAGUAUCAAAAAUUGUGACACGAAUGCCACAAUAUGACAUUGGAUUAUUUUUCAUAAAGAACAAUAUUUUUGAUAUAUUUCCCCAUAAAUUGGAAAUAUUCAAGACUUCUGAACUCACCCAUCCAUUUAGGGGUAGGCAAAAUAUCCGGCUACUGCCUACCGACCGCUAUCAAACCGCCAUAGAUUGCCUAAAGACUUAUUUCGGUUCGGUAAUUAGUAU